CGCGGCGGCGAUCGUGAGGCGAGGGGCGGUGGCCGGGGGCCGGGGUCGGCGGUGGGUCUGGCGGGCGGGGAAGGUUUUCGGCAACGGGGGGCCGCCGCUUGCCCCCCUCGGGCCCCUGGCGGAGUUGGUCUGGUACUGUAAUUGGCCGAGUGGAACGAGGCGCUGGCUGGAGGCGAGCGGUGGUGAGAACAUGGCGGUUGCUUGAGGCUGUUCGUGUCAGCCCUCGCCACUGCGGCACGCGGAUGUGAUUCUUGUUGUAUUUCAAAGCAGUGAUCAUCAGUCUGUGAAACGAGCGGGAACUGUUCAAGCAGUCCUGUAACCUCCAAGUAACUCUUAACUGGCAAAGUAACUAUAGUGGUUAUUCUUGUGUUGUGGUUCAAUCUGUAACUCAUAACUUUGAAAGCAAGUGAAAUCAAUACCUGUGCAGCUGUAACUUUCAAGAAACUCAUCCAAGUCUCAUCUUUGAGAAAUGGUUUUCAACUUUUCCACAUGAUUAAAUUUAGCGACCUAAAAAUCUCCUAGUAAAGAGGGCGAUCUCCAUGUAGCAGAAAUAAGUCUAUUGACAGCACUUCUGUUUUAGUGGUUUUCAUGGACUUCUUAGAGGUAAUUCCAGGCAUUGCUUUCUGUUAGCGCUGUGGUCUGCCUGCCACAAGCUGAAACCACUGUCUUGAGGAACUGUUUUUACAGAAAUAACUGAAAACAUACAUAAUAAUUACAAAAAGGUUUGACAUUUCUCCAUGUAGUUAGCUGUUUGGGGUUUUUUUUAUAUAUCAGAUUAUAGGAGAAAAAAAUGUUACAUAUGACAGUAAAUGUUCAGAAGGAAAACACCCACUGAGGAAAUUCAGUAGUUAUGGCAAAGGAUAAGAAGAAAGAUGGCAAGAAAGCAGAAAAAUCUGUACAUCCUAUUCCUCCACAAGAUACUACAGCUGAGAGUAGUUCAACAAAGCUGACAGAUCUGCAGACCUUAGUGAAUGGAGUGGAAGAAACACAGCCAAAUCCAGUGAUAUCUGAUAAAGAACCAGAGGAAGUGGAGGAACCUCCAGUCCAUAAUGUUCCUCAAUACUACGAGGAGCCUGUUCUUACUCAAGUUAUUGUAAAAAGCUAUGAAGGUGAAAAAGUCCAUGGAUUGUAUGAGGGUGAAGGAUUUGCAUAUUUUGAGGGGGGAAAUACAUAUAAGGGCAUGUUUUCUGAAGGGCUUAUGCAUGGACAAGGGACUUACACGUGGGCUGAUGGAGUGAAGUACGAGGGAACAUUUGUCAAGAAUGUGCAGAUGUUUAAUGGCCGUUACACAUGGAAUGAUGGCAGCAUUUAUGAAGGGUCAAUCAAGAAUGGAGUUAGGCAUGGAUUUGGAUUUUUCAGGAGUGGUACUCAUCCUGUUUCUUACAUUGGCUAUUGGUGUAAAGGCAAAAGACAUGGAAAGGGUACAAUUUAUUAUGAUCGGGAACAUACCUCUUGGUAUUCAGGCAACUGGGUAAAUAACGUCAAAGAAGGAUGGGGAAUGAGAUGCUAUAAGUCUGGAAAUAUCUAUGAAGGUCAGUGGGAGAAAAAUGUACGUCAUGGAAAAGGAAGAAUGAGAUGGUUGACAGCUAAUCAAGAGUAUAUGGGACACUGGGUGUAUGGCCUACAGCAUGGAUACGGCACCCACACAUGGUUUUUGAAGAGAACGCCUGUGUCUCAGUAUCCGUUAAGGAAUGAAUACAUAGGUGAUUUUGUAAAUGGGGAACGACACGGACAUGGGAAGUUCAUAUAUGCCAGUGGAGCAGUGUACGAUGGUGAAUGGGUUUGUAAUAAGAAGCAUGGCAAGGGGAAGUUUGUCUUCAAGAAUGGUCGUGUUUAUGAAGGAGAGUUCACAGACGAUCAUAUAGUAGAAUAUCCUGCUUCUCAUGUACAUGCAAUGAAUGCAAAAGAGCUGAAUGCCGCUUGCACAGGAAGUCCUUUUGACACUGUAGAAAACAUCACAACCAUUAAUGGCUCAGGAAAGACUUCUAUUCUGGGAUCAGAUAUUGAGUUGGAUAUAUCUUCACUGCUUGACGUGUUGCCAGGGGAAAAGAGACAUGAAGAAGUGAAACAAGUGGAAUUUGCUGUGUUGAGGCAUAUUACAGAACUGAGAAGAGUUUAUACCUUCUACAGUGGCUUAGGCUGUGAUCAUUCUCUUGACAACACCUUCCUCAUGACUAAGCUCCAAUUUUGGAGAUUUCUGAAGGACUGCCAGUUUCAUCACUCCAACAUAACUCUUGCCGAAAUGGAUCGGAUAUUGAGUGGUGAUAAAACACCACUUGCGGAAAUACAUUGUCCACAUGAGACUUUACUGUUCAGAACAUUUUUAUCUUACCUUAUUCGUCUAGCAUUUCAUAUCUAUCAUGAAGACCACAAAGAGAAAGGUCCUUAUCUGCAUAAGUGUUUCUCAGAAAUGAUGUCCAGGAAUGUUAUUCCUGCUGCCUGUUGUGUCCAAGGUAUCUUAUUUUCUGAAGAACGAUGUACGGUUUUUGCCAUGAGCUACAUUGACAAAUGCUGGGAAAUAUACAGAGCUUUUUGUAGACCGAGCACCAGACCUCCAUUUGAACCCACAAUGAAAAUGAGGCACUUCCUUUGGAUGUUGAAUGAUUUUAAACUUCUCAGCAAACAAUUAACUGCUUCAAGACUUGUGGAAAUACUUGUCAAAGAUGGCCCCUCUCCACAUGACAGUAGUAGUACCAACCUGGAGCAGGAGUUGGUUUUUCUUGAAUUUGUUGAAGCUCUUCUGGAUUGUGCGUUGUUGUAUGUUACCAGUGAUAUAAUUAAGGAGCAAGUAGAUCAUGAUUGUCAGGCAAGAAGUGGCUUUAGAGUCGAGGGCCUCUCGGAGGGAACCACAGAUGAGUCUCUGUACCCAAAAUAUUCUCUGUCCCAGUGCACUUACAGCAGAAGUAUAAUUGGUACACACAUAAAUGAUGACAUUUCUGAGGCAGCUGAGCUUUACAGUUGUUCAUGGUUGUCUUCAAGCGAAGAUGUCAUAUCACAAGACAAAAUAAAGAAACACAAGUCACUGAGACCUUGUGAAGACAGAGGGCAUUCUCUUCAAGAAUUUCUACUGGAUACUGUCCACUCAUUUCACACAACUCAUGGAGAUUUCAGAGAUGUUCCAUCAUUGUUCACCUCGGAUGCAGAAAAAGAACAAGAUUUCUGUCCAGCAAAGGAAUUGACAGAUGAACCAAAAGGAACCAAACCUGAAUAUGACGAGGAAUUUAGCAUGUGGAUGCGUCAGGUGCAAAUCUUUUUUACAACAAAGGUCUUUCCUGCCUACCAGCAUGAAAAAGUGCUGAGGUCAAAAAUAAAAGAAAAUCAAAGAGGGGAUGCUGAAUUAGCUGAACUGAGAAGGAUCAAGGAUGAGGAGCUGGCAAAACUUAUUGCUGGAAGAGAAGCAGAAGAGGCAAAAAGGCAAGAAGCAGCUGCAGCAGAAAAAACAUUUUACUCCAGGAGUGCAGAUUUUAAAGAGUUAGAGGAACCUGUCACAGAGUUAGUACCCUCUCCGAAAGAAGAGGCACCCAGCGUAGCACCUGCAGUUGUUACCAAGGUGCUUGCUGGCAAAAAGAAAAAGAAGAAAUAAAUUUUCUGCUGAGAACUACUGAAGCUUCAAGUAAGUACUCUCUGAAUAACAAACCCAACAAGAACCACACAUACAGUCAGGUCUAAAAUACAAGUACAAUAAAACUGUAUGCACAAGACUUGCUGAUUUCAGAGGGAAACUGUCUGCUCCUAUGUCAACGUUCUUGGGAUAGAGAAUACAGUCAUUUACGCGAGUGUAACCCCUUAAACAAACUUCCAGAAGUCAAUAGUUGACUUGCACCUAAAAAUUCCCUCAGUGUUAAGCUGAUACAAGAACUGGUGUCUUGUCACAAGUGUAUGUCCCAAUGAAGUGGUUUCUGCUUAAAACAUGAUUUGACUGAAAUAGUGCAUAUAAACAAGUAUGUAAGAAUCUGACAAAGACUGUAAAUCAGGCUGAAGCAGAAUCUGCAAAGAACAGGUCAACCUAGAAUGUUCUUUGCUCGUGGGGUCUUUUGUAACCAGUCUAGUUUCACAUUGUAGAAAAUUAGCAGAAAGUCACACAAUGAUGCAAAUGAACACAGGAAAACAAAAAGAUGCCCUUAAAAGUGUAACAAUUAUUAGUUUUUAUUUUCCAGUAAAAUAUUCACAUAACAAUAUCAGAAUGGAAUGGUACAGAUGAAUUCAGACUGGGUUUUAAUUAGUUUGCACAUAAACAUUUUUAAAAUCUAAAAAUUUUAUGAUCAGAGUUUACAGAUUUUAGUAGAAAUUUUGAUUCUUACAAAGCAAGUAUUGCUUUACUAUUGACAUUAUUCCAGUCAAUAAUAUGACUGAUAACUUUUCAUGUUGAACAAGUCUCUGACAUUGACAUCUUCAAUAAAUCAGCCCUUUGCAGAUCAA